AUGACAAAAAUCGUGGAGAUUUUGAUCAUCCAAUUUUUGGCCCUUUCGGGAGAUUCUUCGCUGCGUUCUGCCAUUCCAGAAAUCCCCCCGAAUUUUGAUUUCGUUUCGUCCCUCCAAUCCACCCUUCUUUUUUCUCCAAAAAUCGCCCCGAAUUCUGUCAUGGGUCAAUUGCGUGCCCUAAUUCUGGACUAUUUUUGCAUCUCCAAGGAAGGGAGUUUCAUUCCGUUACACGUGAAACGGUCGGCGUUACUGUGGGAAGCGAAACGCCAGAAUUCGUUCGAAGUGUUGGACGAGGCGAUGAGUUUAAAUUACAAGGCCGAAUUCGAUCGAAUGGGGAGAGAAAAAAUAGUCCCGAAUUUUGGAAAUGUGGAUAUUCGAUGGAUUAUCGUGGAAAUCGCGUAUGACAAAAAUAGUGGUGUUUUUUGCAUUGGCAGAAAAAGUGGUCAGGAUGAAACGCCCACGAUUGUGUUUCCUCCGAGUGAAAUAGUGUCGAAAAUUGGAGUGAUUGUGGAAUCCUUUGAAACCCUCCUUCAUGAUAAUGAUGAAUCAUUUUUCGUUCCUCCAGAAUCCAAAAAUAAUCCCGAUUUUGUGAAAAAAUGGUGGGAGGAGAGAAAACGAAUUGAUUCUGGAAUGGCAAAAAUAGUCCAGAAAUUGUACAGGGAGGUGUUUGCUCCCUAUUCAUUUCUCUUUAAACAGUGGAAACGUGGAAACGAAAUCGAGGAAAUCAUUCGAGAAAUCAUGCAAUGCAUCGAUUGCUUUUCACCGAUCGUUUCCACGUUUCUCCACUGCAAUGAAACGCCCCUAACCACCGAAUCCUUUGAAUCUUUUCUUCCCCUGUUGGGAGUUUCAUCCAUUCAACCGGUUUCCCCUUUACUACUCCAAAAAUACAACCGAUUUUUGCUGAAUCAUGGCGACAAAAUCGAUUUGAUUUUGGUUUUGUCGCCCUCUCUUCAGAACCUUCCCUUCGAAUCCAUGCCUUGUUUCUCCGUUUCCACUCAUUCCACCAUUUCCAUUUAUCGCCAUUUCUGUCUUCAGAGCAUUUCCGACUGCGCUCUCCCGCGGGAGAGCGUCACUCUUCGCCAGGGACACUACGUUUUGAACAUAUCCUCCAAUCCAACGAUGCGUUCGAAUCGAAUUCCUUCACUUGCAGCCUUCAGGCGAUCUGCUGAAGACGGAAUCGAAGCUUCUGCCCGUGCUGCUGCAGUUGGAGCAGUUCGGAUGGACGGGAAAAGUCCGCAGCGCGCCGAGCACGGAGUUCGUUUUGUAGUGUUCGAUGGAAUUCGAUCAUGCAGAGAGUCGUUUCUUCAUUCAGGGUAUUUGUAUAUGGGCCAUGGAUCCGGCUCGGCGUAUUGCAGCAACGAAUCGAUGUUGGAAGGCCCGGCGAUCCGCGCGGUUUCCUUCCUGUUGGGAUGCUCGUCGGUGCGGUUGGGAACGUUGAAGCCGGCGCAGAGCGCGAGAGAGGAGAAGGGAGAGAAGGGCGGAGAGGGAAUAGGGAAUGAGCUACAGAGCGGAAUGAAUACAGAAAAGGAUUUGAAAAGUGUAAUGGAAAUAGAAAAGGAUUCAAAGAAUGCAGUGGAAAUAGAAAAGGAUUCAAACAACAAACAAACUUCACAACCCAUCCAAUUCACACAAUCUUCCAACCCAUCUUCUUUAUCAUCUUCUUUAACUUCCUCACCUUCAUCCUUCUCUCCUCCUUCUCCUUCUCUCUCCUUUUCUCUCCCUCGCAUCGACACCGUUCUCUACUACCUCCUCAAGCAAGCCCCCGCCGUCGUCGGCUGUCUCUGGGACGUCAGCGACGGCGACCUCGACCGCAUCACCCACAGCCUCCUCUCUCACUUCCUCCAAACAAACAAAGAAUACGAUCUUUCCCAACUCACUACCAAAGCGCGCGCCGCCAGCCUUCUUCACUCCCUCGUCGGCGCCGCCGUCGUCGUCUACGGCCUCCCUACAUCGUGCCGCAUGGCCUCCAACCCGCCUCUUUAGAACGGCAGCCACGCCGAGUCGGCUGAAUAGGGCAACUCCACAGAGGGCAAGGGCGCUUCGGGAGGUUGCCAGGCGGGAUAGGAAGUGGUGGAAGGAGUGGAAUCGUGUGUUGUGUU